AUGUGUGGUAUUUUCGCAGCAUUCAAACAUGAAGACGUUCAUGCCUUCAAACCAAGAGCUCUACAACUUUCUAAAAGAAUUAGACACCGUGGUCCAGAUUGGUCAGGUAACGUCAUCAAAAACACCACUAUCUUAGCCCACGAAAGAUUAGCCAUUGUCGGUCUAGAUUCCGGUGCUCAACCAAUCACUUCCCCAUGCGGUAACUACACAUUAUGUGUCAACGGUGAAAUUUAUAAUCAUAUUCAAAUAAGAGAACAAUUCCCAGAUUAUCCAUUCAAAACCUUAAGUGAUUGUGAACCUAUCAUCCCAUUAUAUUUAAAACAUGACAUUGACACUCCAAAACAUUUAGACGGUAUGUUCGCUUGGUGUUUAUAUGAUUCUAAACAAGAUCGUAUCAUCGCAGCAAGAGAUCCAAUCGGUAUAACAACUUUAUACAUGGGUCGUAACUCCAAAACUCCACAAACUGUAUUCUUCGCAUCUGAAUUGAAAUGUUUAACUGAUGAUUGUGAUAGUAUCAUCGCAUUCCCACCAGGUCACGUGUACGAUUCAAAGACUGACCAAAUUACUCGUUAUUUCACUCCUGAUUGGUUAGAUGAACAAAGAAUCCCAGAAAAUAAAUUGGAUUUGACCGCUAUUAGAGAAUCUUUAGAAUCUGCAGUCAGAAAGAGAUUAAUGGCUGAAGUCCCAUUUGGUGUCUUAUUAUCUGGUGGGUUAGAUUCUUCUUUAAUUGCAUCUAUUGCUGCUCGUGAAACUGAAAAGGCAAACGCUCAAGCCACAUUGGACAAUGAAAACGCUAAUGAUGAAACUUCUAAGGCUCAUUUGACUGGUGUUGAUGAUGAAGGUCAUUUACAUAAUGGUGGUUGGUCAAAAUUACAUUCUUUCGCUAUUGGGUUACCAAACGCUCCAGAUUUACAAGCUGCUAGAAAAGUCGCUAAAUUCAUUGGAUCUAUUCAUCAUGAACAUACUUUCACUUUACAAGAAGGUUUAGAUGCAUUGGAUGAUGUUAUUUAUCAUUUGGAAACUUAUGAUGUUACCACUAUUAGAGCUUCCACUCCAAUGUUCUUAUUAUCAAGAAAGAUUAAAGCUCAAGGUGUUAAGAUGGUUCUUUCUGGUGAAGGUUCUGAUGAAAUUUUUGGUGGUUAUCUAUAUUUCGCUCAAGCUCCAUCUGCUGCUGAAUUCCAUACUGAAUCCGUUAAGAGAGUUAAUAACUUACAUUUAGCUGAUUGUUUAAGAGCUAACAAAUCUACAAUGGCUUGGGGUCUUGAAGCUCGUGUCCCAUUCUUAGAUAGAGAUUUCUUACAAUUAUGUAUGAACAUUGAUCCAAAGGAAAAAAUGAUUAAUCAAGCUGAAGGUCGUAUUGAAAAAUACAUCUUAAGAAAGGCAUUCGAUACAUCUGAUGAUCCAGAAGCUAAACCUUACUUACCAGAAGAAAUCUUAUGGAGACAAAAGGAACAAUUCUCUGAUGGUGUAGGUUAUUCAUGGAUUGAUGGGUUGAAAGAUACUGCUGAAAGAGUCAUUAGUGAUGCUAUGUUUGAAAAUCCAAAGGAUCAUUGGGGUACCGAUAUUCCAACUACAAAGGAAGCUUAUUGGUAUAGAUUGAAAUUCGACGCUUUAUACCCACAAAAGACUGCCGCUGAUACUGUCAUGAGAUGGAUUCCAAAGGCUGAUUGGGGUUGUGCUGAAGAUCCUUCUGGUAGAUAUGCUAAGAUUCAUGAAAAACAUGUUAAUGCUUAA